AUGUCCGACGUCCCACCAACCGAGCCCAUUCCCAAGCCAGAAGAACCGAAAGCUGCAGAACCACAACAGUCUCCUCAGCAACCUCAGUUCCAGCAAGUACCUCCGAUUUACUACCAAUUUCCACCUCAAGGUUACUACCCACCACAAGGCUUCCCGAACUACCCUCCUCAGCCUAUGCCUUACUGCCCCAACCCUUGA